UCCGCCAUGAAUGACUCCGCCCACCGGUCCCACCUGUCAUCUGGUCCGGGUAGUGAGGAUUUUAGUUCCUACAGCUGGGACAAAUAGCUGUCUCAACUCAGUUCAACCUAAUUCAACGCUUAUUCAUCAUAAGGACUCUAAUUUGACACUGAAUCAUGGCGGUGAACACAGGCACCUCUCUCGUGCUGUCCAGUCUGCUGUCAGUGCUGGUAUUCGCUGGGAUGCAGAUGUUCAGUAAGCAGCUGGGAUCUACGGAGUGGCUCACCAUCCUGGGAGGUUUCCUGGGCUCAGUCCUCUUCAUCUGCUCCCUCACUGCAUUUAAUAAUCUGGAAAACCUGAUCUUUGGGAAGGGAUUCCAAGCCAAGAUAUUCCCAGAGAUUUUGUUGUGCCUGUGCCUGUCGCUGUUUGCCUCUGGUCUGGUGCACCGAGUCUGUGUCACCACAUGCCUGAUAUUCUCCCUCUUCGCACUGUACUACAUCAACAAAGUAUCUGCAGCUCUCUACCAAGCUGCCGUUCCUGCAGUCACGCCCGCCAAGGCUGCCAGCAAAGGCAAAAGGAAGAACUAAUUCAUCUGUUGGGUACCACUUGCAUCCAGUUAAUCAGUCAAUAUUACCCAGGUGCUCAUGGCCACAGCAACAUGGUAGUUGCUAAUUUUGUAAUUUCAAAAAUCCAUAACCAUUGUUUCUUUUCACAACCUUGGGAGAUUAUUCUUGAAACAUGAUGAUCACUUCAGUGAUUACACCUUUGUAAUCAUGACGAUGACAUUAUUUGAAAAGACAAAUGUUCCUGGUAAUUCGGACGGCCAUAAAAAACAGCUAUCUACAUUCCACUGAUAACCUAAGCACUCGUUUUACACUGGUUGCGAAGAGAUUCAUUCAUCCCUUUGUAUUAUUUGUGUAUUCAGCAGCACAUUAAGUUGCUUUUUUGUUUAAUUCAUUUUGUAAUUAAACUUUGUAAAAGACUAAGAA